CUCCUUUCCCUCUUCCUUCAAUGACCCAGGGUCCUGGGGACUCUUUAGGCUCUGUAGCCAGUUUGGGGGGGGCAGUGGGGACAAGUUCUCAGGGUUCCACAACUGAUCUGCCAGCAUUGAAUCCCUACAUCACAGCUCAGGCACCAUGGCAACAGACAGAAAUAAACACUGGGCUUCACAGCCUAAGUUCUGUAGUGAUGUCAUCUCCAGCUCCUGCCUGCUAGGCCCUGUGGUAGCUGUACCCUAGAUGGUUUCAGCUGCUCAGGAUGGAGUAGUAUCUUCCUUCUCAGUCCCAAAACUACCUCUGAAGUGGGGGAGAUUGUGGACACAAGGGCUUAGGCAGGGGCACCUGGAACAGAGCCCACACAAGUCCAGUUCCUUGUCUGCUGCUUAGAUGUCUCAGUAGCUGCUCUUGCCCCUUCCUUGGCCCUAGCCAUGAAACUGCCCAAGGGAUCCAAGAACUCUGUGUUCAGUGGGCAGCACCCAAAGAAGAAGGCGAAGGUGCCCUUAUGGCAGGAGGUAAAGCAGACCCCUAUGAUCAUGACAAUGAUCGAAGGUCCAGGGCCUGCCAAAUACCUGCGGCCAUCCUGCAUAGGCCACCUGGGCCAUGACAGCUCCAUGUUCCGCGAGCCAGCCUGUAGUCUGCACAUGCGGCACACAGAGAAGCGAAUCACAGACACGUGUAGCCCUGGACCUUGUUAUUUCUUGGAUCCUAAAAUAACUCGGUUUGGAAUGUCCAGCUGCCCACAGAUACCCAUGGAAGAGCGCAUCUCUAACCUGUGCCUGAGCUCCACCCCAGCCUCCUGCCACUACUGCCUGGAGAAGACCCACCCUCCUGGGGAACGCAGGGCUCCGAAGUACACUUUCAGCUACCGGUGCCCAUACAGAGUGAUGGACCCCAAUCCGGCCCCCAACAGCUACCAUCUUCCAUGCUUGCUAGGGCCCAACAACCCCAUCAGCCGAGCUGCUCCUUGCUAUAGUUUGGCCUCCACAGACCAGAACUGGUUCUACAAGAAGAAUGUGGCAGGAGGUCCUGGGCCAGCCAUGUAUACCCGACCUGAGCCAUCUGUCUACCAGAACCGCAGCCCCAUCUACAGCAUGGCCAAGCGCUUCACCUACCCAAUGGACCACACACCUCACCCUGGCCCAGGUUCCCAUGAUGUCCAGCAGGUCACAAUACACAAGCCCUGUACACCUGCUUUCACCAUGGGUAUCAAACACUCACCCCAUCUGUGCUCGUUGGUCAUUGACAUUCAUGACUGAGUCCCCUCAGGCUGUGCUGUACUCACCCAGUUCUCCCCACAGAUGAUAUUUUCUAUACCAAAUUGAUCAACUGACCAUGGUUUUGAGUAGCAGAACUGGUACCUACUGUA